UAGUAGUGCUUCAGCUUUAGUGAUCGGCGAAUUUUUGUUUCAAAAGUGAUUUGUUUUGCAUAUUCUAUAUUAUUCAUACAUUUAUAGUUUUUUAAAAAGUAUAUAUUAGCAUUUUCGGCAUCUGAUAAACAUAAAAUGUCAGCUAUAACAAAGGGUGUAUUCAUUGUUGGAGCUAAGCGCACUGCUUUUGGUACGUUUGGUGGUGCGUUUAAAAAUACGAAUGCCACACAGUUGCAGACGGUUGCUGCUAAGGCCGCGCUUGAUGCCGCCGGUGUCAAGCCCGACCAAGUCGAUACGGUGAACAUUGGCCAGGUGUUGGUGCUGUCCUCUUCCGAUGGUGCGUUUCUACCCAGACAUUUGUCGUUGCAUUGUGGUAUUCCUAUUGAUAAACCAGCUCUUGGCGUUAACCGACUGUGCGGUUCGGGAUUUCAAUCGAUUGUCAAUGGAGCCCAAGAUAUUUUGCUCGGAGCGGCCAAAGUGUCGCUUACCGGGGGAGUAGAUAACAUGAGUCAAACCCCUUACACUGUACGAGGUACGCGUUUUGGCAUACCGCUCGGUACGAAUCCUGCAUUAGAAGAUGCAUUAUGGGUUGGAUUGAGUGACUCGUUUUGUAAACUUCCUAUGGCACUUACAGCGGAAAAUUUGGCCGAGAAAUACAAAAUUCCCCGCGAGAAAGUCGAUGAAUUUGCUCUUCGCUCACAACAGUUGUGGAAAAAGGCCCAAGACGCUGGAGUAUUCAAAACUGAGAUUGCACCUACUAAGUUAAAAGUUAAGGGCAAGGAAGUAGACUUCGCUGUUGACGAGCAUCCUCGUCCGCAAACUACUUUGGAGGGUCUGAACAAGCUUCCUGCACUGUUCAAAAAGGGUGGAGCCGUUACUGCGGGGACUGCUUCGGGAAUUUGCGAUGGUGCAGCUGCCGUUGUUCUAGCUUCCGAAGAGGCCGUUAAGCAGUACAACCUUACUCCGCUGGCUCGCCUGGUAGCGUAUAGCACGGUGGGAGUGCCUCCUGAGAUCAUGGGUAUUGGGCCAGUACCGGCCAUUCAGAAUGUGCUGAAAGUAGCGGGACUCACGAAAGACGACGUUGAUCUGUUCGAAAUAAACGAAGCUUUUGGUGUGCAGACCUUGGCUUGCGUGCAGGAGCUCGGUUUAGACAUGAAUAAAUUCAACCUCAACGGUGGAGCUAUCGCUUUGGGUCAUCCGCUUGGAGCAUCUGGAUCACGAAUUACCGGGCACUUGGUACACGAACUAAAACGUAAGGGACUGAAACGAGCGAUUGGGUCUGCCUGUAUUGGUGGAGGUCAAGGUAUUGCACUGCUAGUAGAAUCAGUUUAAAGUUUUUUUUUGUAAAUGCAAACUGGUAAACGUUAACGAGUGUAUGUGUGGCAUUUAUGAGAUUUUGAGCUCUUUUACUAUCUAUUUUGUAAACAAAUAAUAAAAAUAUAUUUUACCCAGUACA